AUGUAUAUACUACUAAUUUUUUCUCAGUUUUCUGAUCCAAAGUUGAAGUUAGAUCCAUGGCUAAAAGAAAACAUGGAUUUGUGCAAUUUUAAACGGCCAACACCCAUUCAAAAAUAUGUUUUGCCUGCUUUAAUAAGAGGAAACAAAAGUUUUGAUUUAAUAGGUGUAGCUGAGACAGGAUCAGGAAAGACAGCAGCAUUUCUCAUUCCUUUGAUAAAUCACCUCUUGAAAGUUGGAAAAGAAAAUGGAGGCUUAAAUUAUGUAGAAACAGGAGAACAUAAUAAACUUCAUUAUACUCCAAGUGCUCUAAUACUUUCGCCCACAAUUGAACUUACGAUUCAAUUAUACAAAGAAGUGUUAAAAUUAACAUACCGUACACCUAUUGUGCCAGCCUAUGUACAUGGAGGAAAAGCAAAUUAUGAUGCACAAUUUGAAGCUCUUAAAGUAAAAUAUUUCAGAAAAUUCAGAAUAUUCUGA